AGCGUGAUGCCACAGGUAAUGUCCCACAAGACGCUCUCUACUUUUGAUACACUAGCACAGCAAGCAAGAGAUAUAACACUGUGGGGCUUUAGACUAAUAGACAAAUCCAGCACAGGUUCCAGAUCCCCAACUGAUUUAGUGGUACCUGCUAAGCCAUCAGUGCCAGAAGGGUUUGGAAGUGUUGAAGGAACUAACAGAAUGGCUACGGAGUCGACAGCUGAAGUUAUAAGUGAAGAGGUUCAUCAUCCAGAAAACGUUGCAAAUAUUGAGAAUGAGAGGUCUAGUACUGGCCAAGUGGAGGAUAUUGUACAUAUUGUCGCAGAGAAGGUUGCAGAUUUUGUAGAAGAAAAGACUGCAGGAGUUGUUAUAGAAGCAGCACAUGAAGUUGAAAACGAUGCUUCAAAAAUAGCUGCAACAGCUGAAGUGGUAGAGGAGCUUGGUAGCAAAGUGGAGUCAGUUCUUAAUGUUGCUAAAAAUGUAUCUGAAGCUGCUACCAAAGCAGCCCAUUAUACUCCAGGAGUACCCGAGCCAAUCAUAGAGAAGAUAGAGUUAGUGACGGAGAUAGUUGAGGAGGCAGGAAAAGUGGUUGACAAUGUCACAAGUAUAGCAGAAAGUGUAGAAGAAGUUGCUAAAGAAGUUAAAAGAGAGACAGAAGACAUUGAAAGCCAAGCUUCUGAAGUAAUACAGAGCAAGAAAAAGAGAGAAGAAAUAUUUGAAAAAGUUGUCGACUUUGUGAUAGGCACAGAGUCACCCUCAUCAGAUGAAGUUAAAGAAACCUCUAUACAGCUACCUGAUAGUAGUAUAAAAAAUAAAAAAGAACUGCAAAAAAUCAGUGGCGAGAUUAUAUCUGAAGAACCAGCAGAUCUUUUGGAAUUUGCUAUCACUGACAAAAAGGGGCAGAUAGAAAAUUCUGAGACUGAAAUCAAGGACACUUCAUACUUGGAUACUGAACUGAAGGGACUUGCUCCAAAAUCAUCAGAAGAGCCUAAGUCAAGUUCAGAUUCUGAGGAAAAGGAUGACAGUAAAGCAGAUCAGCUUCUUGUAGCACAGAAGGAACCAGUUAUUAAUAACAAGUUGGGAUCACUUGAGAAAAUUAAACCACUUUAUAAAAUUAUUAGUUUUUUCUCUAAAGAAGAUAAAGAUAUUUCAAUUGUUGAAAAAGUGGAAGAACCUUUUGCCAGAAACAUCAAGGGACGAUCUACUGGUUCUGGUAUGACUACUGAAAGUGAGGCAGCUGUUACAAAAGAAACUCCAGAGGAAUAUCUUCAAGGUGAAGCUAAAAUGAAAGUUAAUGAAAGUAAAACAAUUUCUGCAUCUGCUGUGACCAAGUUUUCUGAAGAUGAAGCAAAACCAAAUAGCAUUGGUGAAGUGCUUCAGCCAGUUAUUGAGGGUAUUGCAAAGGAUGUUGCAGAAGAUGUUGCAGAUGAUGCAAUGGAAACCAUUUCUGAGGCUGUUAAAGAAACGGCAAGAGAUGUACAGGAAGCUGUCUCUGGUGUGGUCAAGGUGAUGGAUAUAGUUGAAGAUGUUGAUAAACAAAUUGUGACAGUUUUAGAUGCCAUUCAAGAAGCUUCAGAAGAGGCUCAGAAAAUUCCAGGGAUAUCAGAGUCGUUGGCAUUCAAAGCAAAGGUUGUCGAAGAAGUAUCUGAACAAAUAGAGACAGUGGUUGAGGCUGGAACUACUGUUGCAGAAACUGUAGAGGAUGUUGCUGAAGUAAUAAGGAAAGAAGCUAUAGAAAUUGAAAACCAGGCUGUUGAACUUAUGCAGAGUGAGGAAAAAAGGGAAGAACUAAUUGAGAAUAUUAUUGAGUAUGUCACAGGAAAUGAGUCGUCCUCAUCUGAUGGAAUAAAAGAUGAAUCUCUAGAAUUACCUGCAGUAGACUUGAAGAUGCCAAGCUCUGAGGAUACUACUGAAAUACCAAAUGAACUGCAAAAAGAAGUGAGCACUCAAGAAGAACCAGAAGAAAAGUUGCCAUAUGUAUCCCCCACAGAAGUAUUGGAAGUACCUAAAGACUCUAUAAUAGAACCAGCAGUGAAGGAUAGUUUGUUUGAUAAAUUUGUUAAUCUUUUUUCUAAAGAUGAUGAACAUAAAGUCAAGAUAGCUGGUGGUGGAAAGUCUGUGGGAGAAAGAGUUGAGCCUGUGGAAGAGGAAUUAAAAAAUAUAAUAAUUAAGCAUGAUACAGAAUCAAGCAAAAUUGACAAAAUAAACAAGCCAAGCACAAGCACUACAGUUGUUGCAGAUGGAAAAGGUCUUAUUGAUGAACUGACAAGCCCAUUCUCCAAUGGUAAAGAAGAGGCAAUAACCAAAUCUGUCAUGAGGGUAAAAGAACUAGACUCAGAUUUAUGUUGCACUGAAAGUGAGGAACAGGUUAAUGAGAAAGUUAUAGAGUUGAAUAUUGGUACAUCUACAUUUAAAGAGGAAAAGAAAGGUGUGUUUGAUAAGCUGUCUGACUUUCUCACUAAAGGAAAAGAGGACAAUGUUCUCUCUGAAACUAUGAAAGUACCUGGAGGUGAAGAGAGAGAAAAUAUUGAGAAGCUAUCCAUGGAUGCAAUAAGAGAAGCUGGAAACACUAGUGCUGAGUCAAGUGUGAUAGCAGAACCACCAUCUUCAGCUAACCAGCCAAAUGAUACAAAUAUAUUAGAAAUCUACAGUAUUAAUGAAGAUACUGCAGAUAGGUCUUGUAAAGUUGCUGUGGUGGCUGACACACAGUCAGCAGCUGCAGUAGCUGCUGUGGUGAAACAUGUAGAUGUAUCAGAGGAAGAAUCACUGAUACAAUCCAAUUUUGUAAUGGUCUCCAGUGAAGAAGAUAUCGAGGGGACACCAAUUUCAGAUUCUGCAGUCCAAUCAUUAGUUGAGGUCCCAAAAUUAAGUUCAGAGAGUUCUGUUUCAGUUCCAAGUGAAACUGAAGAGCCUUUGUUAGAAGUGAAGGACAAGAGUCUUGUCGAUAGAUUAGCUGAAUUAGUGUCAGUUGAUGACAAAAAUACAGAAAACUUAUCUCAAAAAGACACUGUCAAUCAACCAAAUGAAGUUGCUGAACAAUCAAAACCUGAAAUGACCUUUGUUGAUAGUGAUAACAUUUUUGUGGUGAAAACCAAGCCAAGCAGUGGUGGCGAUUCAGGGACUGCAGUUGAGAGUGGCCAAGAGAGGAGUGACGCAGCUGUCCCAGUAUGGCAAGGCUUCUCCAGGACUGGAGACUCGGUGAAGCAGGAAGGAAAGGAUAUCGUCGUACAGCUGGCACCACCACUGCCAAAACCGGAGAUAGAUUACGGCCAGAGUAAUCCCGAGGACUCGGACAUGUACACCACAAGGAGUUAGUGCCACAAUGAAAGUGAUACACCUACUAAUGCAACUCUUCAUAAAUCUCAGUAGAAAUCUAGUUAAGUUUGAAAAUGUACUUGACUAUAAUGCAAAAGCUUGGAAGUGUAUAUACUUCUCAGACAUUUGCUGAAAUGUAAAGAUGUGUCUGAAGACUUGCUAAUGUCGUUCCAAGUAUAGUAUAUGGUAUAUUGAAUUUUGUAUGUAUAGAUGAGUUUGUCAAAAAAAAAUUCUUUAUUAAACAAAAAUAGUAACUGCUUGGAUAAUUAAUUUAAAACAUUUUCUAAUUUUGUAAGAUCAUUGUUAUAAAAAAUAUAAAUUUGGCACCUUUUUUAUGUAUUCAGUUAUUGAUUCUUUUUACCAAGGAUAUAAUUUAUUAAUGGAUUUUAAAGAAUAAUAAAUAAUAGUACUGUAUAGUAUUGAUUUUCCAAGCCUUUGAAAAUAUCUAUUUAAAAGAACAAGGUAAAAUACAGUACAGUAUUUGAAUAUAAAGUGUUGUAAAUUAUGAUUUUGUUCUAAUCCAUAAAUUAUCAUAAAAAGAAAUGAGAAUUCAAAUUUAAAAUAGAGUAAUCAUGGGAUUUGCAUGAAUAUUGUAAAUUAUUUACUAGGCUUUAUGGAAAGCUGUAAACUAGACAGAAUAGUCAGUGGUAAAUGACGAUCUGAAUAUUAUUUACCGGAAUAUUAUAUUCUCUAUACAUGCAUUGCUGCAUAAUUGUUCUCAUGAAUCGAAGGCUUGUUAGUUAUUAUGUACAUAUUUCUAUUAAUAAUGAGUACUGGUUGUAUAUUUCAGUUUUUAUACACCUGUAUCAACCACAAAUA